CCCCGCCCCCCGCCCCCUCCCGUCCCGUCCCGUCCCCGCUCUGGUGGCGGUGGUUGCUCGGCGGGUCGGUUCGUUCCGUUCUCCGCGGCCCGUUCUCCGGCCGGUGCUUCUCAGCGCGGUGUGGCGGAGCCGCCUCCUUCCUCCUCGCUCCCUCCUUCCCGUCCCCUCCUUUCUCCUCCCUCCCCUCCCCGCACGCAGUCGCCGCGGUUCCCGGCACGGACAACAUGGCGGCGGUGGCGGGGGCCGCGGCCGCGGGCGGCUCUACCGGCACCGGGGGCCCGGAGAUGGUGCGGGGCCAAGUGUUCGACGUGGGGCCGCGAUACACCAACCUCUCGUACAUCGGAGAGGGGGCGUACGGCAUGGUGUGUUCUGCCUAUGAUAACGUCAACAAGGUUCGAGUUGCUAUAAAGAAAAUCAGUCCUUUUGAGCAUCAGACGUACUGCCAGAGAACUCUGAGAGAGAUAAAGAUCUUACUGCGCUUCAGGCAUGAGAAUAUUAUCGGAAUAAAUGAUAUUAUCAGAGCUCCAACUAUUGAACAAAUGAAAGAUGUAUACAUUGUGCAAGACCUUAUGGAAACAGAUCUUUACAAGCUCUUAAAGACUCAACACCUCAGCAACGACCACAUUUGUUAUUUCCUUUACCAGAUUCUGAGAGGGUUAAAAUAUAUCCAUUCAGCCAAUGUGCUUCAUCGUGACCUCAAACCUUCAAAUUUGCUGCUUAACACCACUUGUGAUCUCAAGAUUUGUGACUUCGGACUGGCUCGUGUUGCAGAUCCAGACCAUGAUCACACAGGAUUCCUGACAGAGUAUGUGGCCACACGCUGGUACAGGGCUCCUGAAAUCAUGCUGAAUUCAAAGGGUUACACCAAGUCUAUUGACAUCUGGUCAGUAGGCUGUAUUUUGGCUGAGAUGCUCUCCAACAGACCCAUCUUUCCGGGAAAACACUACCUUGACCAACUUAACCAUAUCCUUGGUAUACUCGGAUCCCCCUCCCAAGAAGAUUUGAAUUGUAUAAUAAAUUUAAAAGCCAGAAACUAUUUGCUUUCCCUACCACACAAAAACAAGGUACCAUGGAACAGGCUGUUUCCCAAUGCUGACCCCAAAGCACUUGAUUUGUUGGAUAAAAUGUUGACCUUUAAUCCUCAUAAGCGAAUUGAAGUGGAACAAGCUUUAGCCCAUCCAUAUCUGGAACAGUAUUACGAUCCAAGUGAUGAGCCUGUAGCUGAAGCACCCUUCAAGUUUGAUAUGGAAUUGGAUGACUUGCCGAAGGAAAAGCUGAAAGAACUGAUUUUUGAGGAAACUGCUAGAUUCCAGCCAGGAUAUCGAUCUUAAAUUGUGCAUAGGUAAAGUUACAGCGGACAAGGACUUAAAGGACUGGGCAUGCUCAAACGUUGCUGAUCCUCUUCCCAGUUCUUUAUUGUUGGUCAUGUCUUGUGGCCUCUCUCAGCUUAUCCACUAACUCCUUUGAGCCAUUCAGGAGGGCAGUUCCUGGUAGUUUUGGCUUUUCAUGCUUUCAAUGAAUCUUUUAAGCCUGAAGAAUUGUAAUUGACACUCCUAUGCGUAAUGCCCAUUGUUGACCUGUCGCAGUACUGUACUGUAAGUGCACCUACUGCUGGCCAUGUUUUAACUGCUUGCUUUCUGGUUUGAGAGAUGCAGUGGUUCCUUUCACUCCUGGAUUAACAUCCAAGAAGAUAAUUCAUUAACUGAUGCGAAGUUUACACCAUGAACUAUGUUUUUCUGACUUUACUCAAGUCGCUGGCAUUUUUUUUUAGAAAAACUACUAUUCAGGGCACUUUAAGUCAGUGACAUCCCAGAUUUUUUUUGCACUUCCUUUUUAAAUAGAAAUGGUUAGCAUCCAGUGAGUGGGGUUUUACCAUUAUGCUCUGGAUUACAGCAUAAGUCGUGUUCAUGUUAAUCUUGCUUAUGCACUUGUUUGGGUGUCCUGUGCUGUACAUACAGGUAUUCUAUACAGUGUGAUAGCCACAUAGGAACCCAUCUGAAUUGAAUUCAUCUAAGAAACAUUUUACCAUGCAUUGACAAAAUUUGUACCUUUUUUUUCCCCGCCUUUUUCAAAAGAGAUCAUUUUAAGUUCGGCCAUGCUGGGAGGGGGGUAGUACUUCCAAAGCUCAUACCUUGUGGUCAUGUUUAUAAGGCUUGUGGAAGGAGAAAGAGUGGCAGCUUGCCAACUUAUUUAUUCCCUGUGUGAUGGGAGAUUAACAAAGAACAUAAUGGCACGAUGACCUGGUGGUGAAUGCUUUUCUUUGUGGAAGGCAUCCGAAUGUGGUAAGCGAGAAACCAAAACAUGGAGUUAAUAAACUCAGACUGCAUACUUCAUACCAAUGAAAUGCUUCAAAUGAGGAUUGGUAGUUUUACAUUUGAAUCUGAUCACUGACAUUCAGAAUUCUCGCAGAGAGGAACACUGCAUCUUUAAAUGAGAAAGUUUGAAUUUCCUUUUGCUCCUACAGCAUGUCAGCAUCUCAAGUUCAUUUCUUGCAACCUACACUAUGGUGAUUUGUAAUCCAGCCUCCAUGAGCUCGUGACAUAAAGUACUGUUCUGUUGUCAAGUACUAUCAAACUUUUCUGAUAAUGCUGAGUUAGGACAACCAAACAAAGCUAGCACUAAAUAACGUUUAAAAUUGUAUACCUUUUAAUGAUCUUUUCAAGUAUUUGUUACUGAAAUUGUAUGAUGUGGAGUUUACUAGGUGUUAUGUUCCAGUGCAGUGCCUCCUUUUCUUUCCCCACUGCUCUCUGUGGUGAGAAAUUUGCCUUGUUUAAAAUGAUUACUGUGCCCUCGCAUGACUGUUAAAGCUUUCUGUGCAAAGAUGAUUGUUUAAGUGCCACAUGCCUAUGAUUGAGAGAAAAAAAAUCUAUUGUUACCUCUGAGUUGUGUUCAACUGAAAUGCUAUUCAACAAAUAACUUAGGAAAAAAUAGCUCUAUUUUUAGCUUUUCAUAUCUCUGCUGUCUUCUCAAUUUAUUUUGGCAGCAGUGAAGAAUGGAUUGUAUAGACUGCUUGCUAAUAUGAACAAAAUGCACUUGUAAUUCCUGGAAAUAAAUUUAAAUCUUAUAUCUUCACAUUAACAUAAAGAAUUAGUUUUUGGUUUCCUCUUGGGUAAUGUGUUUGAAUGGAAAUCAGAUUCAGUUGCUACUGCAGUAUUACAGGAUGCUUGCUGUUAAUGAAUCCAGGCUUCCUCAUUCCACUUAGUCUGCUUUUCAAAAAUAAGAAAGCCAUUCUUAGAUUUCAAUAGGCAAGGGUGCUUACGAGAUUCCAUUUCAGAUCUUUUCUUCGAGUUUGAGUCUUAGUCUACCAAAACUAAUUUUUAUAAGCAAGGGUUCAUUUUAAGGGGCAUUUUCAGCUAGGAAGGUCCUGUGGUACAUACAUCUCUAUUGUGCGGAACAUAAUGAGCGUAGUCAGGACACUGCACAAGUGAUCUGGGAAUCGUGGUUUGGAACCUAUGCUAAAAAAAAAACCACGUUUCUAUAGAAAUUAUGCACUUGACUGUUGAUACCUGUGUAGGAAUUUCUUCUGACGUUUCUACACAUCUUUACCAAAAUGCUUCGUGCAGUUUUGAGAAGCUGAAAUAUUUCUAGAAUCUCUGCUACUUGUACCAUCAUCAUUGUUACAGGAAUCGUGGUUGGGAAGAUGACUGUUACUGAAAUUAAUUUGUAACACCUCAAUCCGAGUUUAUUAAGGAAGAAUUUUGGCAGCUUAUUUCAUCCGUUUCCCAAUUCUUUUUUUAAUACUUUAAUUUUGGGUUUCUGGAGCGGUGCAAACUUAUCCUUGCGAUCUGUCUCUCAGAAUGACAAGCCAAGGGUUUGUGUUAGCUAACGUGUGGUGCUCUCAGGCUUUCUUCCUUAGCAGUCCUUACUGGACCAAACUGGCUCCCAUUGGUACCUGCAUACCCACUGGUAUCCAUCAGUCUUCUGCUGAAUGCAGUAAACGUUGUUAGGCUGAAUUUGUUACGUCAAGUGAAGAAGCAUGACUUUUUCUUUUGUCAGAUACUGCAAAUGUUUAAAAGAAGGUGCCUAUAACACUGUCAGGUCAGUGAUUGCUCCAUUUUACUUUUUCCCUCUUCCCUCCCCCCCCACCUUUAUCUAGUUUUUGUAUGUGCAGAGCAGAGAUCUGGAACUUGUAACUGAAGUAAUAUAUAUGUUAUGGUAAAGAUGUUUUGGGAAUUAGGCAUGUAAACAGUUGACUGUCUAAACAUUCCAACUGUAUUAUGGAAGAAAAAUAGGCGAACUUAAACUUCUCUUGGAUGCUUUGGCAAAGGAAGCAUCUUAUUCUGCUAUCCUGACUGUCCCCAGAAUCUUCUUCAUCACCGUCACACACGUGCCAGGUCCGAGGUGUACAACGCUCUGCAUGGGCCGAGCAGCUGCUGCUCUGUGAGAUCUCGGGAGUAGCAGAUGGUGACGUGACUCAGCAGUGGCCAAAUGGAACCCAAGGAGCUUAGCGUGGUUCUCCUUACAGAAUGGGGAAAAAGAAAAACUUGUUGCUGCCCACUGUAAUACGCUGCGAUAUAUUUAUACCAUGUCCAAGUUGUUUGCUGAGCAACUGUACUAUAGGUUUAAACUUUAUUAAUAUAUAUUUGCUUAUGUUAGUGUAGUUUAUAUAGUCCUUGGUUAUUGAUGAAUUUGUGUUGUUACAGCACAGUGAUAUGGUAUAAAUAUAGGCCUGUACACACAACAUGCUCAUGAAUUUGGUCCCUUGCAUAGUACUUUUAUAUUUGUACAGUGAUGUCUUCAAGUAAUCCCAGAUUUUAGGGGAAGUAUUUUUGUAAAUGCAGUGGUUUAAACAAAAAUCUAAAUGGUCCUUUUAUUAAGUUUUAAAUGCGUUUGUGGUUCAAAAUGGUUUAGUUAAUGACUGAAAUCAAGACACUAAAUUAGUGAAAAGUGCACAUUAGUAAAGUGAAGCAUACCAUGGUUUUCUGUAGCAUGUGCUGUGGUGAAGCUUGGACAAAAUGGAAAAGUUGGGCUACCUUUGUAAAUCUAGAACAAAUGUCUAAAGGUUGCAGCUGGGUUACUUACUAUUGUUGCCUUUUCUUGUGUUGUAUCAGUGUAGAGCACUCUUAAAUACUCAAACAGCUUUGUCUUUGCUUUGUACUGUUGGUGCCUUCUUAGUCACGUACCCCACAGGUCCCGCAUAGCUCAUUUAGUUAAUGGUAAGUUUAAAAUAAAAUAAAGGAAGAUUUUAUAUUAAAAAAAGAAAAAAGAAAAAACCUUUAAAGCUUCAUUUUCUGUAUGUUCUUAUUCACUGUAACAAUUAAACAUUUAUAUUGUGACAGAUUUGUGAUUUGGUUAAUCUGUAUAGAUCAGUUGUAAGUAGCAAAGGUUUAUAUUUCGUCUUCUUCUUUUAAUGUUGUAAACAUAUGUGAUUUCCUUCUUUAAAUCAGGUAACUUAAUGUUCUGUUUUGUUUUUGGCAUCCGAGUCUUGUAAAAACAACUGCAAAGAAAAUCAUUAAAUCGUGUCCCUGUAUUACCAAACCAGCAUAGUACUGUGCAUGUGUAGAACGACUGAGAUUUUGCUGUAACAUGGCCUGCUGUUUUGUAGUCCGAGUGCACUGAUGCGUAUUACAUCAGCACGGCUAAAUGAGUCUCCUGAACGGAGCAGGAGCAGGUAGCUUACAUUCAUGUUUUUGGAUACACAGGUGUGUCUAUUUCAGUGUGUGAGCAAUUACCAGCUUGAAGUUAGAGCCAUCCAAAGCAUUGCAGGCGAAGUUUAUGGACAGGCAGAAGUGCUGUAUCUUUGUGGCAAGCAAGUUAUGAAAUGGGCACUGUAGACUAUUGGGCGCAGCGAUGCCUUUGGCUCACGCCAUGUUAAUGUAGCCCACUUCCCAGGAAACUUUGCAAAGAAUUACGUGAGCAGCCCUUAGAGACCAAAUGUUUUCAUUUUGAUAUGAAAGGGGUUCUUUUCAGGCCGAGGUUUGAGACGUUCUGUGUUUUCUGGGAAUGUGCUCCAAAAUCGCUGUAAUGGCAUUUGUAUGAAUAUUCUUUUAGUCUGAAAUCCAGUUGUGCCAAAGAACUGAGAAAAGGUGUAAUUGGAUCAUGGCAGCUUGAAACUUCUGUAAUUAGUAUGGCAGCAUAGAAAACGUGACCUGGAACUAACAGGUGCUUGUCAGUAACAGGUCAGUAACAUCUCUAAUGACUGUCUCCUUAAAGUUCAUCUCUCCAUCCCUUGUCUGGUCUUCACAGCAGUGCGCGUUUUGUUGCAAAAUGUUAGGAGUUUAAUUUUGCCGUAUGUACAGUUGUGCAUGUUACUUUCUCAUUGACUAUGGCUGCCUUUGGCUGUUCCCUCGAGCAGUGUGCUGUAUUGCAGUGUGCAUGUUCCAGUGAGUUCAAAGUAUGACUGACCUGCAUCUUGUCCCAGCAGAGGUUUUGUUAAGCUACUGCUUGACUCAGUGCUUUUGUCACAUUUGUUUAGUUAGGAUUACUUGGAAAAUGCUUUGCUUUUAUUUGCUUUGUUCCACCAGAACAGGACACUGAUCCUUCCUGUCUGUGAGCUUUGAAGGGCAGUGGGUAUUGAGACCUUGGAGCUGGAGACUGCAGAAAUGGGUUCUGGGGUCUGUGUGCAGCCUUAGUGCUGGGGUGGGAUGAGCUCUCAUAGGUAGAGUGCCAUGGAGGAGCUCAUGCUCUCACAGUCUUUUGAGGAAUUACUUCAGAAUAUAAGCUGUGUAGAUUUGGUGCUGCUGGGCUUUGUAGAGCUACAACCCCAGUAUUUUUCUGUGCAGACAAAAGUUCUCACUUCCGUGUUCUGUGUGUUUCAUUAUACUUUCUACUGAGUAACAUUUGCGUAAUGCUUGACAAGCUGAGCAAAAAUUAACAUUUGAUAAUUGUAGAAGACUUUAAAACUGUAUCACAUCAAUACGUGCCAUGUCAGUGCUUUGGAAGAGCUCUUUGGUUCCUCUGCAGAAUGGCCUUCAGGUACUGCCAGCUGCAGGUGAGCGGUGCUGGUAGUGCCCUGUCAGGGCUGAGGUUCUAUCACGCUGUGUCUGUGCGAGGGCUGGUCUUGGAAUUAAGGUAUGGAAACUGUUCUGUGAAACCUCUGUGGUUCCACUUUGUAAGGUACUCACACCCUGCACUUUCCUUCAGGUAUUUCCCAGAACUCUGCUUGCUUUCUCAGUACAUCUCACUACUGUGACAGUGUUUUUCCUCGUCUUCUCAUUCAAAGUGAAGCUCAAGUCUUGGUUGUUCCACAAACCGAACUUUGAGCUUUGUGCAGUUCUGGCGAUACACAACAGAUUACUGGUCCUGCUGCAUAAACUGAUGCAAAUCCUCAGGAAAGGUAAGCAAAAAGUCCUGGCAGGUCUCCUGCUCUUUCACUCUUCCUGCUGGAAGCGCAGCGUGCGAUCUGGUGAUGGGAUGUGCAUUGCUGAGAGGCAAACCUGAAGUGAUCAGAAAGGAGCGGUGCAGUUGGGUAAGGUGUGGUGUGACAAGCAGUCCUUUGUUGCUGUUGGGAACUUGAGCCUGAGAUUAUUCAGCAGAGCCUGGUUUGAACUUUUCUGGCUGUACAUCCUUGAAUACCUUGUGAGCACUGGAGGCCCCGUGCCAUUUCUCUGCAGUGUGCCCACAUCUCCCUCACAGUGUGCACCCGUCCUUCAGCUCUUUCCCUUUCCCACGCUGCUGAUGGUUCUGGCAGAGCAGUGUGUGACCCUGCAGGUGUUAGUUUCACUUGCUGCAGGAGUGGCUUUUAGCACACGAGGGGUGAUAAAAGGAAUCCUUAUUCUGAUUCCCCAGAAAAGAGGAAGAAAUGUCUCGAAAGUGCUGGAAACCCAGCAUGCCUUCUCCCCUAAAAUACCAGGCUGAAUACUUGCGUAUACCUUGUGAGGCUUUCUGUGGCUCUGUGUGGUAUUCCCGGUUGUGCCAGCUGGUUGAUUGAAGUGCUUCUCUGUCUCCUGCCGUUGCAUCUUGGACUGAACUGACCUUUGAUCCUGCUGACUUACUGUCUUCCAUUGAUGUGUUUCUUCCUCAGGGUUUAUACAUUCCAUGGUGGUAUUUUUCUCCCCAAUCCUUUGACUGCUGUGACCGACCUGAUGUCACAUUUUUGUUCUCCUUAUUUUGCAUGGCUGUAGAUUCCUCGUGGUCUCACAACUCUCCAUUUGUUUGCUUUCUAGAGAUCUCUGUUUUUUUUUUAACUAUUCUGUAAGGCCGUUCUUCACAGAGCUGGGCCCUGCUUACAGGCAAUUGACUUAAGGGCUGCUGGUUACACUCCAGCCACUGGCUUUGGGGAGAAAACUUGCAUAGGCAGAGCAGUUCCCUCAGUGCACGCGGUCAUUCAGCGCCUGGGAUUGCACCAGGUUGGUUUUGCACAGUGCAGCGAUCUGUUCAUUCCACCUUACUGUUUAAUGCCUCAAAUACAAAAGCCAGAAAUAACUGGGAAGCUGCUUUCUCCCUGGCUGUGAUGCAUUCUUCUGCACUACCAAAAACUGUUCCAAAAUUCAGGCUUUUCAAG